UACGGGUCCAGUGUGUUUGAACAUAGCGGAGAAGAUGCGGUCUCUCUGGAAUCUCUUAGGGAAUAUUUGGGUUGCAGCAAUACUCCUGUUCGGGGUCAUCUUUCUCCCGGCGCUUCUGCUGUCCAGAAAGUUCCGAGAAAUGUACUUUGUCGCCACUUUUCGCGUCGGAAUAUUCUUAUAUGCAGACGCCAUGGCUCCGGCACGGCGGGCUGCGCUUAAGCCUCUGGAGCUCCUGGAGUCGCAUGAUCCCGUGCUUCGCGAAGAGGGUUGUCUCCGGGUUUUAGAAGUUGGAGCGGGUUCUGGAGCAAACUUUGGGUUCAUCACACGAAAGAUAAAGUACACCAACGUGGACCCCAAUGCAGAAUUCGGCAAGGCAUUCCUGAGCGAGCUCCGCAACUACCCAAAGGUUGAAUUGGAGCGCUGGGUUCAGUGCCCAGGCGAAAACAUGGAGAAGCUGGAGAGCGAGCAGUUCGACGUCGUUUUGCUCACGUUUGUGCUCUGUUCAGUUGAAGACGGAAGGAAACUUCUAGAAGAAGCUAAACGAGUACUCGUAAAGGGAGGACACCUGAUUUUUUUGGAGCAUGUGGCUUUUCCAAAAGGGACGUGCUUCAGGUUCCUUCAAGACAUCGUAACUCCGUUGUGGAAAGUUAUUGCUGUGAACUGUCAUGUAAACAGGGAGUCAGCGAAGCUGAUACAGGAAGCUGGGUUUUCUCACGUCACUGCUAAUUAUAUGGAUGUUGACAUGUGCUUUCUGUUAAGCCGACAGGUAUAUGGUGUUGCUAUACCAUAGCCCGUUAGAACAGCUGUGAACGACAACCGCAUAGCUCACGAAUACACUGGGUGUGAAUUCGUUCGUAAUCAGAACAGGUAAUCUUUCUUCUCCAGCUAGAAUAAUCGCUGCACACCUGCAAUAGCAAUUAAAAAGGCGCAAAAUGAUAAUAUGCGGACAACUUAGAAUCAUAUGCAGCAUUUUGUUUUGGCUCUAAUGCAAGAUUAGGACAACAGAAUUUUGAGCUAGUUGAUAGAGACAAUACCGUAGAAAAGGUUAGGGAUGCUUGUUUCCAUAGUCGGAUAAAAAUUAACAAGCCAGUGGCAUUUUCUCCCCAAAAGCAGAUAAAUGGGUACCUGCACAAAUGAGGACGAACUUUAAACUGGCGUACGGACGCCCGGUGAAGAUAUAUGCAUAUCGGUUGUCCCAGUUAGUUUUAGCCAAGGGUUAGAGAAUUCUACAUUAGAGGCAGGCGUGUUAAAUCAGUUGCAAAUUGCUGACAGCCACCUUGCGCACUACAGAUAUUUUUUGUUCUGUAAUUAAUUUGUUAAUUGGGAGUACUAAACUAUAUUGCUAAGUAUUGACUUUUGGCAAAAAGUGCGACUUACAAAGUUCGAGAGCGCCUUCAAAAACCCCCACUGCAUUAUUUGCGAUAAAGAAUGCCUGACUUAUACCAUUUUUGCAGGCUCCAAAGAAAGCCUGCGAAAUAAACAAAAAAAAAGACACGUGACUAGCGCAUUCGCCCGCAGCGAUGGUGCUGCUCUCAGCCGUGGUUUGAGGAAACCAAAUCAGCUGCGGCCGCGACUCGCCGGCUCCGCUGCAGCGGUAGGCCGAUAAGUUGGCGGUGGUUUCUUGGCCCGCGUCAGCCAGUUGGCGCGCGUGACGGUGCACGUUGUAGCGAGUUCCGUGAGCACCUCUGUGGCGGACCCUCUGGAUGUAAUUCAUAAUGUCGUAUUGGUUUUCUCGGAAACAGGAAUUCACAAGGAGAAAGGUCCGUGCUGCGUGGCAGAGGUGGAAUCGUUCUUCCUUGUUCCGCCAAAAUUUCGCUGACGGCAAUUUACUAAUGGGACGGAGCACCGCCGUGCAGCGGUACCCACAAUGUCGCGAGCUCUCGACCCACUCGCGCCGCGCGUUGGCUCGGUCUCUAAAGUACUUCUACGCCCGGACUUGCAUUUAACAUUGACGCGGACAAAACAAUGUUCCCUGAAUGUAUUGCACGUAUAAAUUGUUUGAAAACUUCUGUUUUCUUUAUUGCUUCAAGCGACUAGGAUAGCCUUGCCUAACACAUCCCAAAAACUUUAUAUCUGACUUACUUAUUGCUAUAGUACGCGAUGAGUAGAGCAUACAUUAUCCCUGUGUUUCUCUCUGUGUUUGUAGCUUACUGUUGAAAACACGCUUGUUUGCUUGUGCGUUUAUGAUGCAUUUACGUCGUUUUAUUGUUACUUAGUUGCUUGGUCCAUACAUGAACUGCCGUAUAUGUAUCUACAGUUUAGCGCUUAAGCAUAAUAGUGUCAAAUGCUAACAGCUUCUUGUGUUAUUUUUCCUUUAUACUUUCUUUUCUUUAAUACUUGACCGCUGAAACAUAUAGCACUGAUUUCUUUUCGGAGCUUGGUUAAACUUGCAUUAAUUAUUGUUGUAUUCGCUCUUUCUUUCACUUUUAUAUCAAUUGUUUGUAGUUGCAUUUGCAAAAGCGGAUAUUCAUAACGCCUGGUGCUCGGGCAACACUGGGCGCGUUCGCCAUCUUUUUUUCCUGGGUGCAGUGGCGGAAUCGUCUAUUAGCGCGGAGGCCACGGAAACGAUGAGCAGUAGUCGCUGGUGGAGCGUUGAGACCAAGAACAUACGGCUGUUUCUUUCGACAUCCAGCGCUGAAUCGUUAGCGGACCUCACUGUGCUGCUACUAAUCGACGAGAACACAAUAUCGGUGUUCUGCGCGCUUAAAAAGUCAUGCGGACGACAGCCGUAAGAGGCGCAGAACUUUGUAAAGCCAAACUGUUGUUCGCUACUGAAGUGGGGUUCCGAUAGAAAGUAGGCGUUCAAGAAAAGUAUUCGUUGCCGAGGAGGUGUUACUGUCAAACUUGAUAACCUUGCGCUGCAAUGUAUCUCCACUGUACUUCCCACUGCGAUUAUAAACACUCGUCACAUGUCGAAACCAGGUUGCUUCUGCGCGCGCUGUGCUGCCUUCCUCGGCUCAUUUCUUUAGCCACAGGUAUGUUUAUACCACUCCCCAUGGCAUGUUUCACAGUUUUACGAGAGAAGCAAUGCAUGGAGAUGUGCCUGAGCGGUGCGCCGCAAAAAAAAUAUAUUCGGGUCGCGCGUUGCAACUGUAUACAAGAAAGCGGCCCGGGUACGUAUUGCUCGUUUACUGCAUGCUGGAUGUUUAUAAUGCUGUGUGUACGCAGUCUGAGGCACGGAAUUCGUAUUGUCAUUGUGUUUUUUUUUUUCUUUUUCGCAAUACAUGUGCGUCCCUUGACAUGUCUUUUUUUUUUAAUACUGCUCUUCAAUAUUGCGCUUUUUAUAUAACGAAAGCGCAGUGCCAAUAUUGUUGACUGAAACCAGUUCGCGUCGGUAUUUUUUUUCUUCGUUAAGGUAACAAAUGCGUUCGAUUAAAAACAGUGUUACCGUGUUCCCGAUAUUCUCACGGCUCCCUCGUUGCCUGAACAGCGCACGAAGCAUCGGGAAGUCUUCGCAGAACGAAGCGGAAAGACCAGCAGCUAGCACCUGAAAUGCUCAGACGUGCCCAACAAAAGAUGGCGGGUCAAGCUUACGGACUUGUGGACCGUCGUCGGUGUGCAUUUUGAAUAU